GAAGGUACAGUUGUCUCCCCUCACUGGCAAGAUGAGGACUGUCGUCGUUCUGGCGUCUCUGGUGGCCCUGGCUGUUGCCGGGACCGUCCCCGUAUCCCCAUUCAACACUCAGGUCAAAACUUACUCAGUUGAGCCUGCGACCAAGGUGAAGCAGUACAAAGUCUUGGAGCUUUUUGAAGCUAUCACCCAAGUGAACAAUAAUGCGGGGUACUACGCAGUUGGCAAGGACUACAACAUCAUGGCCAACAUUGCCAAUUACGAGGAACAUAAUGUUGUUGAGAAAUUCUACAAGAUGUACCAACAAGGUUUCGUUCCCAAGACCUACCUUUUCUCAAUCUUCGAUGAUAAGAUGAAGACUGAAGCGAUGGCUCUGUACGACGUGUUCUACUACGCCAAGGACUUCGAAACCUUCUACAAGACCGCUGCCUGGGCUCGCGUCCACGUCAACGAAGGCCUCUUCGCUUACACCUUCUACAUCGCCCUUAUCCAGCGCCCGGACACUAAGGACCUGGUCUUCCCAGCCUUCUACGAAAUCUGGCCUGAAUUCUACACCAACACCGAAUCCUUCUCAAAGAUGUUCUACAGCAAAAUGCGUGGACCUCCAUUCGAAGACUUCGAGCAGUACGGAAUGGAGGAGGCUGGUGACUACUACUUCUACUACGCCAAUUACUCCGACUACCACACAUACAACCACGAGGAAUACAAACUCGCUUACUUCACUGAGGACAUUGGCUGGAACACUUUCUACAGCUACUUCCACUCUAUCAUGCCUUUCUGGGAACAUGGAGACAAACUGACUUACGGCCUUUUCAAGGAGAGACGUGGAGAGUACUAUUACUACUUCUACCAACAACUCUUGGCCCGUUACUACCUGGAGAGACUUUCAAACGGCUUGGGCGAGAUCCCCACUUUCUCUUGGUACCAGCCAUUCAAAUACGGUUACUACCCGUUCAUGACCACCAACUACUACCCCUUCGUGCAGAGGCCUAACUACUACUACAUGCAGACUGAGAAGAACCUUGACGACCUGCGCUUUGUUCGCAACUACGAAGACAUCUUCAUGAACUACCUGGAGAUGGGCCAGUUCAAGGCUUACAACCAAGAGGUGGACUUCUACAACUCCAAGGCGAUCAACUUCGUCGGCAACUUCUGGCAAUCGAACCCCGACCUGUACGAGAAGGUUGGACCUACCCACUACCACCGCUCCUACGAAAUGGCUGCUCGUCGCAUCUUAGGCGCAGCUCCUAACUCAUACAAGGACUACUCGUUCGUCCCAACUGCCCUGGACUUCUACCAGACUUCCCUUCGGGACCCUGCAUUCUACCAGAUCUACAACAAGAUCCUCAGCUUCAUCUUCAAGUACAAGCAAUUCCUGCAGCCCUACACUCAGGACACUCUUCACUACGUCGGCGUUAAGGUCAACAAUGUUGAAAUCAGCAAACUGACCACAUUCUUCGAACUUCACCCCUUCAAUGCCUCCAACACUGUGAUCUUCUCCGAUAGCGAGUUGGUUAGUCCUAAGAAAUCCUUUAUGGUUCUGCAGCCCCGUUUGAACAACGAAGACUUCACCGUUAAGAUCAACGUUAAGUCCGACAUUGAGGAGCAAGCUACCUUCAAGGUGUUCGUUGGUCCUAAAUACGAUGGCAAGGGCCUCCCGAUUAACUUCGAGGACAACUGGAUGAACUUUGUCCAAGUGGACUGGUUCCACCACAAGCUCACCAAGGGAGAGAAUGUGAUUGAGCGCAGCUCCGAGGACUUCUUCCACUUCAAGCAGGACUCUCUGUCCAUUGAAGAGAUCUACAAGCUCCUCGACCAGAACAAACUGCCGGUUGACAUGAACGAGAGCUACGACCAACUGCCGAAGAGGCUUAUGCUCCCAAGGGGUACCGAGAGCGGAUUCCCUGUUCAAUUCUUCGUCUUCGUGUACCCUACUAAGGCUCUGCCCAAGGAGUUGGAAGAGUUCAAGGAUGUUCUCCUGGACGACAGGGCGUUCGGAUACCCCCUGGACCGCCCCGUCUCCCCCUACUUCAUGCAGCCCAACAUGUACGUCGAGGAUGCCGAGAUCUACCACAAGGGACCUGAGUUCCCUUACUCCUUUGACCCUGUCUUCAUCCCCCACACCAACGAAGUAACCAAACACUGAAUAUUAUAGAAAAUGUAUUAAGAGAUGUUGAUAGAAUAUAGUGUAUAACUAACAAUAAAUAUUUGUUAUACAA